AAAAUAUUGUCUUAUAAUCAGGUAUAUACAGUAAUUUUAAACUAUUUUAUAUUAAGAAUAUAUAUUUUCAGCAACAACAACAUCAUACUCCUGGUCAUCCUUCAUUACAUACACCUCAACCGUCCUCUGAAAUUUUUAAGCCAAAUGUAGAUCCAAUGUCUGGACUACACGCUGAUUUUCGAGAUUUAUCAUUGAAAGAUAGUACUCCUCAGCCUCAAUCAAGAUUGACUCAAUGGAAACUUCCAUCAUUUGAAAAAGAUGAUACUCCUCCUACUAGUAACUCAGGUGGUGGCAAUAAUAAUGUGAACAAUGGUCCUGCAGAUUUUAGUCGUGCACCAGGAUCUUUAUCUAAAUCAUCUGGUCUUUCUUCUUCCUCCUCUCAUGCAGGUUCAAAUUUACAUCCAUUACUAAGCCAAGGUGAAAGUGCAUGGUCAACUCUGCCACGUAAUCAAAAUGAUAUGGGAGGUUGGCCAGAUUCGGCCAUUAGUGUCCCUGGAAACAAUACAAGUGGCAAUAACAACAAUGUUGGAAAUAAUCCAGGAUCCGUUCCUACGACAAUAACUAAUUGCAAUAUGAAUAAUGGUAGCGCUGUUACUUGUGAAAAUAAAGACUCUUCUGCCCCACAAACUCCUGUGGCUCCUAGUAGUACUACUACUCAUCCAACUUACAAUUUAACUGAUUUGGUACCUGAAUUUGAACCUGGUAAGCCCUGGAAAGGAACUUCUCAGAUGAAAAAUGUUGAAGAUGAUCCACACAUUACUCCUGGAAGUGUGGCAAGAUCUCCACUAUCAGUUAACACUAUUAAAGAUACAGAUUUGUUCAAUUGGACAUCAAAAAGCAGUCCUGUGACAGCAAGUAGUACAGAUAGCUUAGUUUCAUCACUUGCCACCUUAACAUCAAGUACGUGGGCUUUCACACCACCAACUUCUGCUUCUUUACAUAAUAGUGCAACAGCAGUGCCCGGAAAAUCUGGCAGCUCUAAACCUAGCUGGGGACCUUUGAUGUCAGAUAAUGCAUCGGGUUCGGAAUUGUGGGGAUCGGCAAUCUCAAAAACUCGAGGUCCACCACCCGGAUUAGCCGGACAAGGAAAGGGCAUGAACACUGCAUCUUGGGGAGGACAAACAUCUCGACAUGGUUGGAAUUCAAAUGACAACAGAUCUGGUUUAUCUAGUGGUGAGAAUCUGAAAUUUAAUUGAAACUUGAUUAAAUUUAUUUUGUUUGAAAAUAUAAACUAUUAUUUGCUAAAUAAAAUUUGGCUGGACAUAAAAAAAGAAAAAUUUGAGAAUUAUUAGAAGACAAAU